UCUGGUCUGGGGAGGGGACACGUCAGUGCCGUCAGUGACGUCACAGGCCCGCCCAGCCCGCCGGCGCCUGAUUGGCUGCCACUGCUGCUUACGCGUCGCGCUUCCUCGUCUGCCCCUCGUGCUCUGGGGAGUCGCUCUCUUUUUCCCUCGGCAGAGAAGAGGCGAUGGCGGCGCUGGCAUCUAUCGGCGCCCUGGCGCUACUCCUGCUGUCCAGCCUCUCCUGCUGCUCAGCAGAAGCCUGCGUGGAGCCCCAGAUCACCCCUUCCUACUACACCACCUCGGAUGCCGUCAUUUCCACUGAGACUGUUUUCAUCGUGGAGAUCUCCCUGACGUGCAAGAACAGGGUCCAGAACAUGGCUCUUUAUGCUGAUGUCAGUGGAAAACAAUUUCCUGUCACCCGGGGCCAGGAUGUGGGGCGUUAUCAGGUAUCCUGGAGCCUAGACCACAAGAGCGCCCACGCAGGUACCUACGAGGUCAGAUUCUUUGAUGAGGAGUCCUACAGCCUCCUGAGGAAGGCUCAGAGAAAUAAUGAGGACAUUUCCGUCAUCCCGCCUCUGUUCACAGUCAGUGUGGACCAUCGGGGCACCUGGAACGGGCCCUGGGUCUCUACCGAGGUGUUGGCUGCAGCCAUCGGCCUAGUGAUCUACUACCUGGCCUUCAGCGCCAAGAGUCACAUCCAGGCCUGAAGGUGGCACCCCUGGGCUAUUGCUACUUUCAAUAAACAGUUGCUGGCUAUAACCAGUAUUCAGGACAGGGG